AUGAUGAUGAUGAUGCGCCGUGUGAUGUGUGUGUUGGCCGUUGUGCUGUGCUGUGCCUGCGGGUAUACCAUGGCGGCUGCUGCUGCUGUUGAUAAUGACAGUCCCAGCGGCCGUGGUGUAUCCCGUGGGGCUGUGGAGGUGUCGUGCGGGGCCGGCGGUGCGCUGCGUGUACGCCCCGCUGCUGAGAGCGAGUGGCUUACAUGCGGUGCGGGCAGCCGUGUGUCUGCAUGUGGGAAGUACGCAGACCUCUGCCGCCAGCGUACCGCAAGGGUAAAGUAUUACGCAGCUACAACAGCGGCUGCUUAUCCAACAGAUACCUCAUCUGAAUCUGACGCAUCAAUUGAUAUCUUUUCUGAAUCUGAAAAGUCAGGUGGUGCCUCCUCUGAGUCUGGUAAAGCAUAUGGUUCUUCUGAAUCUGAAAAGUCAGGUGGUGCCUCCUCUGAGGCUGGUAAUACAUAUGGUUCUUCUGAAUCUGAAAAGUCAGGUGGUGCCUCCUCUGAGGCUGGUAAUACAUAUGGUUCUUCUGAAUCUGAA